AAAAUCAACACAAACAAAUAAAAACUAUUAUGAGUAACUAAUAAGUAAUUAAACUAUAGAAAUAAAAAAUGGCUCUUUCCACCUUAUCAAAACCCGUUACCUUACUCUUAUCAAUAUCGCUACUCAUCGCGGCCGCCACCGUAGUAUUGGCGGCUGACGAUACGCCGGUCCCGGAAAUCAAGACAGAGGUAAACAAAUGGUUUAACGAAAACAUAAGGCCUUUUAAAGAGAGAUCAAAGGAGUUGGACCCAGCUCUGGUUAAGGCAGAAGAAUCACCUAGGACCGUUACAGUUAGAAAAGACGGCAGCGGAGAUUUCAAAACUAUUAAUGAUGCCGUCAAAACGGUACCGGAAGACAACACGCAACGGGUGAUCAUCGAUAUUGGACCAGGUGAGUACAAGGAGAAGGUGAAGAUCGAUUUCAAACAACACUUUGUUGCUUUGGUUGGUUCUUCUGUCACAGACAAACCCAUUAUUACCUUCGGUGAUACGGCUAAGAAGCUCGGCACAGUGUAUAGUGCAACCGUCAUUGUCUUGUCCGACUAUUUCAUUGGUGUUAAUCUCGUUAUCAAGAAUUCUGCUCCGAGGCCAGAUCCAUACAAGAAUGAUGGUCAAGCUGUGGCAUUGAGAAUUGCUGGAAAUAAAGGAGCAUUCUAUGACUGUAGAUUCAUUGGGUUUCAAGACACGCUUUGUGAUGACAUGGGCGUUCACUUCUUUAAGAACUGUUAUAUUGAGGGUACUGUUGAUUUUAUCUUCGGCAGAGGAACAUCUAUGUAUUUGAACGCACAAGUAUUUGUGCUGGGUGACAAAGGGCUAACAGUGGUAACAGCAAAUGGAAGGAACUCUUCAUCAGAGAACACUGGAUAUUCAUUCGUGCAUGGUGUUAUUCGUGGGCUCGGCAAAGGAACUACCUAUUUAGGCAGGCCUUGGGGUGACAUGCCUCGAGUCAUUUAUGCCUAUACUGAAAUGACCAAAGUUGUCCACCCUGGUGGUUGGAGCGUCGACGCUGAUGAUGUCGGUAAAGUUUAUUAUGGAGAAUACAAAAGUUUUGGAGAAGGGUCAAUGGCAACUAAAAGAGAGAAAUAUGUGAAACACUUAACCGAUGAAGAAGUUAAACCUUUUAUUACACUCGGCUACGUCCAGGCUUCCAAGUGGUUGCUCCCUCCUCCAAAAUUGAAGAAAUAAAUAAUAAAAACGGAAUUUUUCAGUUAAUUAAGAAACUAUAUAUUUGUUUAUAUAUAUAUAUAUACAUAUAAUGUGUAAGUAACAAUGAUCAAUAUGAUAAUUCUCCACGUACGUAGUGGUCCGAAGGUCAUGGGAUUUUCAUCUCAUGUGAAGCUCCAUCUCGAGACCCUAUACUUACGUACUUAAUUCUUUUUCAUUUUUUAAGUUUUCAUCAGUACUAAAGAAUUUUGUUAGUUUCUUUUGUUAUUACAUGAUAUCUAAUGGACCCCAUUUUGCAAAUUAAAUGGUGUGUUGGUGUAAUUUAAUUUUGACAAUACAUUAUCCAGAAAUAAGAAGUUAAUUUUUUGCUCUAA